AUGGCGAAGAAGUUCCGCGUAGCAAUCUGUGGUGGUGGGAUCAGUGGCCUUACAUUGGCCGUGGCACUUUCCAAAUACCCCGAUAUUCAGGUACAUGUAUACGAGGCGACAGGCCAAUUCAAAGAGAUCGGAGCAGGGGUGAUGAUAUACGCCCGGACCUGGGAGAUCCUUUCGUUACUUGGAAUGGCCCAAGACUUCUCCCGCAUUGCGCAUGCACCCCCAGACGGGUCUUUGGGAUUUGAUUACCGCAGGUCCGAUAAGCCUGAAGUUGGAUCCCGCUUUUAUCUGUUCCAGAUGCCAUACGGCUGCAUUCGCUUCCACCGCGCGCACUUCCUCGACGCCCUCGUCGCGCAUCUCCCAGCCGGUAUAGCGCACUUUGGCAAACGCCUCACCUCAUACACCUACAUACCUGUUGCGCAGCGCAGAGAGCCACAAAUAUUCUUGCAGUUCGCAGACGGCUCCGCCGCCACCUGUGACUUGUUGGUCGGAUGUGAUGGCAUCAAGUCUGUCAUUCGCAAGCAGCUGCUCGAGGACCACGUCUACAAGCAGGGAGGGGACCCCGGCUUACUCGAACACAUCGAGCCGAUCUGGAGCGGGAUGGUUGCGUAUCGGGGGCUGAUCCCAGUGGAACGACUCAAGGAAGCCGAUGGGACGGAACAUCGUACGAUACGGAGUCCCAUGAUGUAUUGCGGGAAGAGCAAGGCAAGUACACGACACAUUGUGAGCUACUCCAUCUCCGCCGGGUCGAUAGUCAACGUCGUGGCGAUGGAAACGAACCUACAACUCUAUGGAGCCCCGUGGAAAGGCCCAUGGGUGACUGAAUGCAGCCCUUCGGAAAUACAGGAGUGUUUCAAGGGUUGGGAGCCGGAAGUACAGGAAAUGCUGGGGUGCCUAGAUCGAGCUACAAAGUGGGCCAUUCAUGAACUCAAACCGCUUCCAUUCUAUACGAAGGACCGUGUAGUCCUCGUGGGAGACGCGGCACAUGGUAUGACGCCACACCAAGGAGCUGGGGCAGGCCAAGCCAUUGAGGACGCAUACAUCUUGGCUGAAGUGCUCGGGCAUCCCAACACCACCCUCGCAAGUCUGCCCAAAGCGCUGGUGACAUAUGAACGCGUACGACUGCCCAUGGCGAAUCACGUACUGCAGGGCUCAAAACAAUCCGGGGACAUGUACGAGUUCAACGGUCCACUGGAAGACAACUUGGUACCGUUGGGUCUGCAGAUUGGACAUCAAUGGGAUUGGCUGUGGACGUCGACGCCUCAAACUGAGCGGAUUCGGGCAUUCGAAUUGUUGACCCAACAGAAAGCAUCCUUGUAG